AUGAAGGCCAAGUUCAGCAACAAAUCAUCCAUAGCUAGUGCUGAGGAAAGUAAAAAUGAAGAACUUGACAGGGAAUAUUACAAUUGUAUAAAGAACUGUGCCAGUGAUCUGCAGAAUCUGUCUUUAAAUUUUUUCCCCUCAAUAAAUACGUAUACAUGCAUUCCCAAAAUAAAUGCCAUAAAUUCGAUAACCUUCCACCCAUGCAUUUCGAGCCAGGAUUAUUUUAACAACACGUAUUCGUUUAAGCCUCUCUUCACACAUCACUUCUUUAGUGACAGCGAGCAGGUCAUCGGGUUCGACAGUCUCAAAAUAGACUUUUACUACACUUGUGAUAGCUAUGAUGUGUUUAUGAAACUGAGCGGGUCGAUAAGUGACCAAUAUGAGAAUUCAAACUACAUUAUGCUGAUGCUGCUACAGAGCUUGUACAUUACGACCCCGUACCCAGGUGGGUUCGUCGAGACGGAGGAGAAGUUCCUAAGAAUUCUUAGAAGAAACGAAGGGGUGCAGCGAAAUGAACAGAGCGGAGGGAAGGAGGAUCCCCAACCGAGUGCCACCAACCAAAGUGCUGCUCUAACUCAAGACAAAAUUUACAAACCUCCCGGGUUUAUCAUUUACGAAAGGAAACUCAGUGAUGAUAUUUAUUUGCAGAUAAGGAAGUGUGGAUUCUCUUCCAAAUAUUUUAAAUUGGAAAGUAUCAACGGUAUGGAGAGGGAAGAGGAGGAAGAAGAAGAGGAUGACGAGGAGGAAGAAAAUCUGGGAGGCGAAGAUGACGGUGUCUACCAAAACGGCUUUACAGAUGUGGUGAAAAAUGAGAUCACCCUUUCGAAGGAUCGACCCUGUACCCCCCCCAAGAAUGACAAGAGUAGAGACAGAAGAGGGAACUCAGUUAAGGAAACAACGACUGAGAAUAAGACGAGUACAAAAGGGGGACAAAUUAACACCAUCUCCGUACCACCCAGUGAUAAUCAUAACGUGAAGGGGGGAUCUCCAAAUGAGCCAUGUGAUGAUCACACGAGGAAGGGGGAGGCGAACGAAUCUGCCACGUCAAAAUACUUCAUUAAUGACGAUAACUGUGGGAGUAGCACCAUGUCCAACGAAUGCAAUAAAGAAAUCACCAUGAAGAGGAGGAACUCGAAGAAUUCCUUCGUCGGAUCGUCAGCAGGAAGGAACGCAGAGUCCAAGUCGAACAAGGAGAAGAUAAAAAAAGAGAAAAAGUCAGACGAGCUCACCCCAAGCGCUGAAAUUGAUGGCGCUCCUUUUGAUAUUGAUGACUCCCUCGCUGAAUCGAAAAAGGCAAAGAAGAACCUCACAAAAUUUGUUACGGAGAGGGAUAUGUCUAAACUUUACCGACACUACUUGCGCGUCGUGAGGGCCAAGAGCAGAAGCAGCAUCAUCGCGAGGGGUGACACCCUCAAUGGGAAGAUCUCCGCGUGGAAGAAGUUGGAGCAGCAGAACGGUUCGGGAGGGUCCGCUCUGGGAAGGGCUGUUGUAACUGCGGCUGGGUCGGGGGCGACGGAGGCAGGACAGGUGGACGAGGGAAGCGCCCCGAACCAACCAGGUGUAGCCACCCAGUCGGGAGCGGCGGCUGCGUCGGGAGCGGCGGCGGCUAUCGAUUCCACUUGUGCAAAGAAAGGGGGUACACAAAAAAAAGCAAGUGCUCGAAAGGGAGAAAUUCCGGCGAACAAAGCGGGUUCUGCAACAAAAACGGGUUCGCCCAACCAGCGAAUGUCAACACAUAAGGGUGCUUCUCCAAAUCAAUCCAUGCAGUCCCCCUCCAUCGAGAACGCACGUGAUGAGAAAGAAACAAACAACAGGAAGAGGAAAAAAAUUCGAGAAGAACUCCUUGGGGUGAAGUACGACUACACAGUUAAGAACAACUUCGAGCUGCUUCACAGGAAGGUAGAAUGGUUCUACCACUGGUUCAUCGAAAGCGCCUCUAACAUUGAGUAUGAUUAUCGGUGGAGCGUCAUAUUACCAUACAUAGUUUUCAAGCAUGAUGAGGAGAACAAGUUCAGAGAAAAUAAUUUCAUCGAGGAUUUAAACGUGCAGUUACGUAGAAACCGAACCUCUAAUGUUAACAUUAGUCCUAGUAUCAAGGUGGAGGGUGUGUCCCCCCCAAGUAUUGCAAUGGAUAACAAGGAAGUGUUUGUCCCCAAGGGGGAGGAAGUAGAGACUGAGAACAAGAAGCAACUUAAACGAGGAGGAACAACGGUAACGAAGGAAAAGAAGGAAGUUAAGAAAAGGAAGAAGGAUGAAGGAGGAGCAUCAGCAGGAGCAGAAGCCGCAGCAGCGCCAGGGGGUGAGGAAGCGAACCCAGAGGAGCAGACAGACGAGUGUGGGCGGGAGAAUCAACUUGUCGGAGAGCGUGAAAGUCAAGAAGAAAAUGAUGAGCAGAGGGAGAAGGAUCAAAACGAAGUAAUGGUGAAGAAGGAAAGCCAGGAUGACCAAGAGAAGAAAAGGAACGAAAAGGAUAGCAAUAAAGAAGGAGAAAAAAUUCAAGACAAUUACAAUGUUGGGCACAUGGAAUCCAUGUUUGACCCAAACGAGUACGUCCUUACCAGCGAGGUGGUCACUAAAGCGAUUGAAAAUACACUGAAGGAUGUACAAAGUAAGGACGAAGAGGAGUAUUACUCAUUCCAUAAAAAUUACGAUGUGAUUUAUUUGUACUCCGAUUUGGAGAAAGGCGGGGCAGAAGCAUCGAAUGUAGAAGGGGGAGAAGCAACCAAUGCCGGAGCGGGUGAAACCACCAAAGGGGCAGUAGAAAAGUCCAAAGCAGGGACCGACGUGAAGGGAGAAAAGAAGACAAGAGCGAGAAAAGGAUCCGUGACAAGGAGAAAAGAAAUACACCUCAAGGGGGAAGAACUUAUGAAACACGUUACCAAUGAUCAGGACGGAGAAAAAAAAGGGGGAAAAAAUGACGAAAAAAAUGAAGAAAAAAAUAAAGAUAAAAAACAAAGUUUAUACUAUUUUUACCUAUUCGGAUUGGCAACCACCUACACCUUCUUUACCUUCCAAUUUGAUCGAAACAGAAUUUCGCAAUUUCUAAUUUUCCCACCGAUGCAGAGCAAAGGAUUGGGAAUGAAGGUGUUGGAGAAGAUCUACCACCUAUCUAUCGUUAAUUCGAAUGUGAAGGAGAUUACUGUAGAGGAUCCAGCCGUCUCGUUCACUCAGCUGAGGGAUAUCAUCACGAUCAAGAUGUGUAUUGACUUAAGAUUUCUCAGCCCCACCAUCCUGUACCCAAGUGAUUAUUUAAAAACAAAAAAUAUCGACAAGGAAUAUGUCGAAUUGGAUAAGAAAAAGUUUAUGAAGGUCUGCAAAGAGACACAUAAACAGAUUACUAGGAUGAUUGAGACUUUGUUGUUGGCAGGUGUCUUGCCCCACCCCCCUCCGUGUUAUGUCGAUAUCGGAGAAGAUAAAGCCUCGACCAUUAGGAGGAAGGAGAAGAAAAACGAAAAUGCGGACUGCCUCACUUCGAUGGAGCAUUUCGAAUCGUCCGACUUGUGCAAAGAUGUCCGCAUCAAAAUUAAGAAACGCAUUAAAAAUGAUUACAUCGGAAAUCUGAUUAAUAAGAAUAUGAACUGCAUGGCAAGCGACGUCUUCCAGGACUACGUCAAAGAGGAGCUUUGCAAACUUUGGAAGAAACAGUGUAAGGUUUACUACAGGACGAUCAGAAAAUUGAGGUCCCUCUACCCAUUGUAG